GUCCCAUAGGGAAGGAACAGUAAUUAAUGUUAAUUAGUGCAUCUGGGCUUCGGAAUGACUGAGUAGGAUGGUCAGUGAUUGGCAGGACAGAGCUAUGCGUAUGUGUCUUGAGCCCUGCUCCCACCCUCACCCUCAGGUUUGCAAACCCUGGUACAUCCUGCCCGUUGAGGAAAUAUUAAAACCAGAAGGAAACAUCAAAAGAAGAGGCUCAGGCUGCCCAGUGGGCUCAGGCCCAGAGCCCAGAGUAACCAGCACAAUAGCGUCCAACAGCUGGAACGCCAGCAGCAGCCCCGGGGAGGCCCGGGAGGAUGGGCCCGAGGGCCUGGACAAGGGGCUGGACAACGAUGCGGAGGGAGUGUGGAGCCCGGACAUCGAGCAGAGCUUCCAGGAGGCCCUGGCCAUCUACCCACCCUGCGGCCGCCGCAAGAUCAUCCUGUCAGACGAGGGCAAGAUGUAUGGUCGGAAUGAGUUGAUCGCACGCUAUAUUAAAUUGAGAACAGGGAAGACUCGGACAAGAAAACAGGUGUCCAGCCACAUACAGGUUCUAGCUCGGAAGAAGGUGCGGGAGUACCAGGUUGGCAUCAAGGUCUCUAGCCACUUGCAGGUUCUAGCCAGGCGGAAAUCUCGGGAGAUUCAGUCCAAGCUGAAGGCCAUGAACCUGGACCAGGUCUCCAAGGACAAAGCCCUCCAGAGCAUGGCAUCCAUGUCCUCUGCCCAGAUUGUCUCCGCCAGCGUCCUACAGAACAAAUUCAGCCCGCCCUCCCCUCUGCCCCAGGCCGUCUUCUCCACUUCCUCACGGUUCUGGAGCAGCCCCCCUCUCCUGGGACAGCAGCCUGGACCCUCUCAGGACAUCAAGCCCUUUGCACAGCCAGCAUACCCUAUCCAGCCUCCCCUGCCGCCGACGCUCAGCAGUUACGAGCCCUUGGCCCCGCUCCCCCCAGCUGCUGCCUCUGUGCCUGUGUGGCAGGACCGCACCAUCGCCUCCUCCCGGCUGCGGCUCCUUGAGUAUUCCGCCUUCAUGGAGGUGCAGCGAGACCCUGACACGUACAGCAAACACCUGUUUGUGCACAUCGGCCAGACGAACCCCGCCUUCUCGGAUCCACCCCUGGAGGCGGUCGAUGUGCGUCAAAUCUAUGACAAGUUCCCGGAGAAAAAAGGUGGACUGAAGGAGCUCUAUGAGAAGGGGCCGCCUAAUGCCUUCUUCCUCGUCAAGUUCUGGGCCGACCUCAACAGCACCAUCCAGGAGGGCCCGGGAGCCUUCUAUGGGGUCAGCUCCCAGUACAGCUCAGCCGAUAGCAUGACCAUCAGUGUCUCCACCAAGGUGUGCUCUUUUGGCAAGCAGGUGGUAGAGAAGGUGGAGACAGAGUACGCCAGGCUGGAGAACGGGCGCUUCGUGUACCGCAUCCACCGCUCGCCCAUGUGCGAGUACAUGAUCAACUUCAUCCACAAGCUGAAGCACCUGCCCGAGAAGUACAUGAUGAAUAGUGUCCUGGAGAACUUCACCAUCCUGCAGGUGGUCACAAGCCGUGACUCCCAGGAGACCCUCCUCGUCAUUGCUUUUGUCUUCGAAGUCUCCACCAGUGAGCACGGGGCCCAGCACCAUGUCUACAAGCUUGUCAAAGACUAGAGUGCUCUCUGCCCCUACCACCAGGAUCCAGGACGAGCAUCUUUUCCACACAUCUGCCUGGCACCCCCAGGGGUCCAGGAUUGAGGAUUCAUCUGCCUGCCAGGCCUCAGACCCAGGACCCAGCAGGCCUCCCUACCUACCCCCAGCACACACACUCCCUGCCACUGUUCUGCGCUUUAAUUGUGGGAGAAGAGAGUGGGGCUCAGCGGUGGGGCAGCCUGGCUGGGAUGCUGAGCCACCAUCACCCAGUUCUGCCCAGCCUCGAGUGAAUGGGAGGACACCUUUGGGUUCAGUCAGGUGUGCGCGGCCACUGGCCCCUCAGGGGAGUGUGCCAGCUGGUGAAAGUAGAAUGGAGGGGAGGCGGAAUGCAGAGGCCACAAGGGGGAGUGUCGAGUUGGGGUUGGGUUAAGAAGAAGAGAGAGGGCCCAUACUUUCUUUGUACCUGCUAUGUGCCAGGCCCCCUCUGUGCCUCGUGCCAUCCUCAGGCAAGCACGGGUCUUGGUGUCUCAGAUGAGGUUCUGAGACUCUGAGUAGUUAAGGAACCUGUAGGGGUGGUGGGCAGAAUUGGAGUGCUCACCCAGGGUUGCCUGUCCCCAGAGCCCAGGUUUACACUACCUCCCUUGAGUGGGACCAGCCCCAGGGCAUACGGGAGGGACUAGGGCCAGCUGGGUUGGGGGCCCCCUGACACAGGGGAGCAACUGCUUUUGAUCAGGCAAGAAAGGAGAGCCGCAGAUAUUCAGCACUUGUUGGGUGCCCUCUGUUAGCCCGCAAUCCAGCCAGAGGCUUCAGGAGCCUCUUGCGCCCACCUCCCGCAAGCUGCCCUGGCCCAGAUCUUUUGUCAAGACCCCGCAGCAGCCUCCUGAUAGGGGAAGGCCCCUGGAGGCAGGUGCAGGCUCAAAACUAGGCUGGAGGGUCAAGUAGGAAGAUGGAGUCCCAGCUUCUGGACAGACUCGUGGCCCUGGGACAAGGGGCAGCAAAAGGCUUUGAGAGUUUCUCUUGCCCAAGACUUGGGUUUAGUGACCCCUUGCGGGGCACCACUCCCUUAUGUUCUUCCUCACCUCAGUCUCCCUGCCUGGAGCAGCUCCUAAGAUCCAGUUCUGGGACUGAAGAUUAACCCUUUCCCUGCCGUCCCUUCCCAACACCCAGGCCCUUCAGCUGCCUCGGCCUAUCCACCAGCAACCUCUUGGUAUUUAUGAGUUUCAUAUGAAGUACUGUGCCCCUUCCCUUCUUUACCCUGCCCCACCCCUGAGCUUCCUGAAGGUCCUCACAGUUUGCAUAUCGCUCAGGCCACCUCCAAACCCAACCUAGGUUUUAUAAUGUAUAUUAUAUAUUUUUUGUGUAUUUUUUAAAUCCAGCUGUGAUGGGUUAUAUCAUAAAUGUGGCACGGGGCUGGGGCAGGUGCCAUCAAAGCCCAGCUCCUGCUCAAACAAAAAAAAAUUAAAGUUAUUUGUUUGUGGGUUAA